CAGGAGCACCAGCAGACCGCUCCCAAACUCGACUGGGCCACGGACGUGCGCACGUUGGUCCAGUACAAUCACGGAUUUGCCGUCAUGAGUACCAACUCCAAAGCGGACGAAGGUUAUCCGGGAGGUAGUGUCGUCGGCUUUGCGCCCGACGAAGACGGCCGACCCCUGUUUAUUUUUUCCGGAAUGAGUGCGCACACGCAAGAUAUUCUCGCGGAUCCACGCUGCUCUCUGACCGUGGCGGCUAAGGAUUUCAAAGGCGCGGCGGACGGUCGUGUGAAUCUCAUGGGAUCGGUGGAGCUCAUCAAGGGCGACCAAGACAAGGCCAAGGCCCGCGAAAUAUAUCUCCAAAAACAUCCCGGCGCGUUUUGGGUCGAUUUCGGUGAUUUCAACUGGUUCCGUAUGAGUGUGGAAAAGGUACGCUUCGUCGGAGGCUUUGCUCGGGCUGGUGCCGUUACGCAAGACGAAUACCUGGCCGCCAAACCCGACGCCGUUUCCGAGUUCGGCCCCAAAAUUGCCGCUCACAUGAACGAAGAUCACAUGCCAGCCACAAUUGCCAUGGUUCAGGGGAACGUACCGGGUAUGGAGCAUGAUCCGGAGAAUCCCAUCACCGAAGCCAUCAUUACUUCCGUGGAUAGUUUGGGAAUGUAUGUCAAGGUCACCCGGGAAAAGGGUAUCGGGUUUCUGCCCCAGAGUUUCAAACUACGUUUGCCCUUCCCGGAAGUUGCGAAAGAUCGCAAGGAUGUCAAGGUGCGAAUCAUGGAGAUGACCAACGCCGCG